AUGGUGCUUUCAGCACCUGUACCAAGCAGUGGCUUCCAGGCCUUGAUUCUUUGUGGUCCUGGCGAAAGCUUGAAUACGAUUUCCUCUAAUCCGGACGAGAAUCCAAAAUGUUUAAUUCCCAUCGCACUAAGGCCAAUGGUCUACUACCCACUCGACUGGUGCAAACGCGCAGGAAUAAAUGAUAUCGUUCUAAUUACACCCCCCUCCGCUCUCACGUCUGUUAAGGCGGCUCUUCAACAAAACCCUUAUCUAACAUCGCUCCCCUCACCCUCGCCCACCGUCAUAGCCCCUAAGGAUCUCAAGAUGACAACAGGAACGGCCGAACUGCUCCGCCUACCGGAGGUCCAGGCUUGUAUACGAUCUAACUUCCUGCUUCUGAGUUGCGAUUUGCUGUGCGAUAUUCCCGGUGAACAUUUACUAGAGGCAUGGCUAGUCUCGCAGAGUGAUCUGGGCCCGUUGUCUCAAGGCGGCUUAUCAGUGUUCUAUCCAGCGAAGGGCGUCAAAGAUGAAGUCAAAAAAGAGCCAACAGAUUUUGUCGCGGUCAAUUUGCUGAAGGAGGAUGAAGGGCCCGGCUUCUCGCGAUAUGAGCUCUCGAAAUUGGUUACGUCAAUGCCAAUGAAUACCUUGAAAGAGCAGAUGGAGAGGGAUAAGGGACUUUUGCUCCGUCAUACCUUGGUUGAGAAACAUGCUUCUGUCAAGAUGCUGACGAGCUACAGAGAUGCACAUUUGUACAUCUUACCGAAGUGGAUUCAGUCCUUGGCACGGCAUCAGGAACGGCUCGAAUCCGUGAGUGAGGAUUUGAUCGGGUACUGGGCAAAAGCGGGAUGGCAGCGUGGGUUGAGCGCUAAAUUGGGGAUCGAUGAGAUUUUAGGCGGACAGGAUGAUAACCACGAGGAGCACGCAAGUCUCGAUGGGGACUCGUUGGAGGAUGAUAUCGAUCUUCGUGGCAUGACUACUACACACGCUCAAAGUUCUGAGGCCCGGGAUCCAAAAUCUUCUCCUAAUGCACACUCCUCGGUCGAGGUGCCGCCAAUUCUAGCAUAUAUGACCAAGCCCUCUGAGCAACUCGUUCGGCGGGUGGACAGUUCCGCCUUGAUAUUGGCCAUGUCACUACAACUCGCCAAGCUGGAGUCUAUUGAAGAGGUUGGCCGUGCUGCUGCCUCGCCAUUCAGCCAUGCCUCGAAAAUAUCCAGCCCAGAAGGAGUUGCACCAAAGUCCAUUGUCACGAAAGGCGAUUGCUUACUUGGGUCAAACGUGACGGUGGAAGAGAAGUGCGUCAUCAAAGAAUCGUGUAUUUCUUCCAAGGCGAAGAUUUGCAGCGGCGCUCGCCUGACGAGAUGUGUGAUCAUGGACAACGCGGUCAUCGGUCCGAAGUGUGUGCUCAACGGAUGUAUUGUCGGUCGAUAUAGUCAAGUCGGACACGACUCCGUGCUCAAGGACUGCGAGGUACAAGAUGGCGUCGUUGUCGAGGAAGAGACCGAUGCCAAGAAUGAACAGUUUAUGAACUUCGAUGGUCUUGAUGCGGAUGACAUGAGCGUUGCUGACGAUGAUUAUGAUGAUGAGGCCAGUAUUUAG